AUGCCCCCUUGGCCUUGGGCUGGUCGUCGAGAUAGCGGCGAGAGUCCUCUUCUGCCGACCACCGUACCGAGUAUAAAUGGCUUGGAAGAUUAUGAGGACCGCGAUCACGAUGAUUCCGGUCCAGGAAGAACCAGGUCUAGGACUUCAAGACCUAGACACUCUCGCACCACAUCGGCGCAAUCAAGGGGAGUCGCUGACCAGUAUUCCUUCAUGACUGCCACCGAAGCCGCAUCGAAUCUGCAAACUUCCUUGACCCAUGGAUUGACAGCCGGCGAGGCACUGUCGAGACUACGCGAUUUCGGACCAAACAAAAUACCUCACGAGCCCCCAGAGCCGUUAUGGCUUCGCUUUGUUAAACAGUUUCAAGAGCCAUUGAUCAUUCUUUUAUUGGCUUCAGCGUUUGCUUCUAUAAUAGUCGGAAACCUGGACGAUGCCGUAAGCAUCACAGUCGCAGUGACCAUUGUCGUCACUGUAGGUUUUGUGCAAGAAUAUCGUUCGGAAAAAUCCAUCGAGGCUCUUAACCACCUUGUUCCCAACCAUGCUCACUUGGUCAGGGCUCAAAAUCCGAAGUCCGCCCAAGGCUCUCAAGCUGCAUGGCCUCCGGCCGCCGACGUCGACAAGCAGGUAGACACAUUGAAUGGUGCCGAGACUCCGGCCGAGGAGCUGAUGGAAGCCGCCUCUACCAAGGUCAUGGCCGCGCAACUGGUUCCCGGAGACUUGGUUCUCUUUACCACUGGCGAUCGCAUCCCCGCUGAUAUCCGCGUCACCAAGGCAUCAGACCUGACCAUUGAUGAGUCCAAUCUCACGGGAGAGAACGAACCGGUCAAGAUUACUGCAGAAUCUCGAUCAAGAAACUUUAGUUCUGCUACUCGACUGCCGAGCCCUUCGACCCUUUCUCCAUCCGCCUACGACGGUGCCCAAAACCAAGACGCUUCGCGCUCGAGCGGCAGCAACAUUGCAUACAUGGGUACCUUGGUCAAGUCUGGUUACGGACAGGGUAUUGUCUAUGCUACUGGUGGCGAUACCCAAUUCGGAACCAUUGCUGCAAGUGUCUCUGGCACCGAGAGCCCGCGAUCCCCUCUACAACUCUCCAUGGACGAGCUCGGAUCUCAGCUUAGCAAGAUAUCUUUUGUCAUUAUCGGCCUGAUUUCCGUGGUCGGAUGGCUUCAAGGAAAGAAGAUACUCGAAAUCUUUACCAUUUCCAUCUCGCUGGCAGUAGCUGCGAUUCCUGAAGGUUUACCCAUCAUUGUCACGGUGACAUUGGCUCUUGGCGUUCAUAGAAUGGCCAAGUACCAUGCAAUUGUCAGAAAGAUGCCUAGUGUAGAGACACUGGGUUCCGUCAAUGUGGUAUGCUCUGACAAGACUGGAACUUUGACCAUGAAUCACAUGACAGUGGCCAAUACCUGGUACUUUGGAGCAAAGGAGCCUGUAGACGUGGAAACCGAAGAGGUGACGGAACAAACACCAAACUUGGCCACGUUGAGGAUACUCCGAAUUGGAAACAUUGCCAAUCACGCGCGUCUUUCGCACCACCAAACAGAUGGGGCUACGACGGUUCUCUCUGAUAACCAGAACAAGGACUUUAGCAGACACUCUCGAUGGGUUGGUCAGCCAACGGAUGUAGCCAUGCUUGACCUACUAGACCGCUUUACAGAACACGACGUUAGAGACUCGAUUGGACCUCGCACAGCCGAGACACCAUUCAGCUCGGAAAGAAAAUGGAUGGGAAUUGUAGUCGGUGCUGAUGCACGAAACAACGACAAGGAGUAUGCCUACAUGAAAGGAGCCAUUGACAAGGUCCUCCAUGCCUGUGACACCUUUCUCACAGAUGAUGGGCGGGAAGUUGUGCUGGACUCUGCGCGCCGCCAAGAAGCAUUCAACGCGGCAGAACGAAUGGCUGAAAAGGGACUGCGAGUCCUUGCAUUUGCGAGCGGCCCAGUCGCCAGGUCCAGCAGGAACAGGUCUGGUCUCAACCCCAACUCUAGAAGUACUACUCCUGGCGGUGUUGAUGGCAGCGAAAGUCCCGGACUACCCAACGAUGAGAGCCUGUUCAAGGGGCUCACCUUUGCCGGUCUGGUAGGAAUGAGUGACCCUCCAAGACCCGGCGUUGCUCGUUCGAUUCGUCGUUUGAUGCGUGGAGGUGUCAAGGUUAUCAUGAUCACUGGUGAUUCCGACACUACAGCCGUGGCGAUUGGAAAGCAGCUCGGCAUGCAGAUUGCUACACCACGAGAACAUUCUUCCAACCAGGUUGCUGUCAAGCCAGUUCUCCGAGGCGAUGAAGUCGAUGCCAUGACAGAGGACGAACUCGCAGCCGCCAUGCAGACCACUACAAUAUUUGCACGAACGAAUCCUGAUCACAAGCUCAAGAUUAUUCGCGCACUCCAGUCCCGAGGCGACAUUGUUGCCAUGACGGGUGAUGGUGUCAAUGAUGCCCCUGCGCUAAAGAGAGCCGAUAUUGGCAUUUCCAUGGGACUACACGGGACCGAUGUGGCCAAGGAAGCUUCGGACAUGAUUCUCACGGACGAUGACUUUUCUACGAUUCUGCACGCCAUUGAGCAGGGCAAGGGCAUCUUUAGCAACAUUCAGAAUUUCAUCACUUUUCAGUUGAGUACCAGUGUAGCUAGUCUUACACUGGUCUUCAUCUGCACCUGCAUGGGGUUCAAGACGCCAUUGAACGCCAUGCAGAUUCUCUGGAUCAAUAUCAUCAUGGAUGGACCGCCUGCACAAUCUCUCGGAGUAGAGGCUGUUGAUAAAGACGUCAUGUCUCGACCCCCACGAUCACGAAGCGAGCCUGUUCUCACACGUGCCUUGCUGACCCGUGUAAUGACGCAAGCAUUCAUUGUUAUGGCCGGUACAAUGUUUGUGUACACUCGCGAGAUGCUGGCAGAUGGCGAGAUUACCCGUCGCGACACGACCAUGACCUUUACAUGUUUUGUCCUAUUCGACAUGUUUAACGCAUUGACGUGCCGAUCCGAGAGCAAGUCGGUCCUCCGGGGUGAAGUAGGACUGUUUUCCAAUACUCUGUUCAACUGGGCUGUUGCUCUGAGUUUGGCAGGACAAUUGCUAGUCAUUUACUUUCCCUGGCUGCAGGAAGUGUUCCAGACCGAGGCCUUGUCUUUUUCGGAUCUGUUCAAGUUGCUCUUCAUGUGCAGCUCUGUAUUCUGGGCGGACGAGGCGAGAAAGUGGUUCACAUACGGCAAGAGAAAGUUGGGUGGUUAUAGCCAGGCCGUGUAA